CGGACGAUGUCCUGUUUCCAAGGAGACGGAGCUACUCUCCCAGCAAAGGAGGAGCGGGGCGGGGCCUGGUGUAUCUUAGCAACCAGACUGAAAGUACUGCCAAAGCGAUGCAAUGAGGUGUGAGGGUCCCGGAAGCCGUUUAGCCCGCUUAGUGGAUUUUUUGGAACAGGAAGAAGUAGAGCCUGAUAUACAUGGGAAAUUACAUGAGUUACAGCUCAGGCAAGGCCUUCUUCUUCAGGAGUUGGGCUUCAUUGACCAAACAGACAACAUAAAGGAUUCGCUGCCUAACAACGACCGUGACUUGGAAGACUUCUUUUCUGCAAGCCACAUGUAUAACCAGUAUCUUGGACAACCUAGAGUGGUCCAGAGUACCCAGCAAAGGUCAAAAUCAGUCAGAAUGCACCAUGACUCUCCCAUCACUGUUCCUCAACCCUUUCGCAUGAGUCUGAGAAAUACACAACGAAAAGGCAAAGAGAAAGUUCUAGAUCUUUGGGAUACGCUGGAACUCCAGAACAAGGAGGAUCCUGAAUGUUUAAAGCAGUUCCGUGCUGAGCCAGUCCCAGCACGUGUUCUUUUGCCGUUAUACAGUGACUUGGUGGAGGAACAAGAGGCAAAGAGAAAUUCUGCCGUCGAAAAAAGGAAAGAGUUUCUCUUGGCCACACAAAAACCUUUUCAGUUCAUUUCAAAGGAAGAAGAGAAACGAAAGCAAGCAAUGGAAAGGCACGUGCCAGCUCCAUCCCAUAAAGUACAACACAUCAAGAGAACUAUCCCUAAAAGUGUCUUAGAUCCUAGUGUCAGUGAUAAACUAAAAGAGGCUGAGCUGGUCAGGAAAAUUAAAAGUCAAAUGAGGGCUAAAGAUAUGUUGGAGAAGUCUUCUGCCCCUAUUGCUCUGAGCAGAAGUUUGAGGGAUCCAGGUUCCAGUAUCUCCUUAAAAACCCAGCAAGAAUGCCUGGCGUACUUAGAGCAGAACCUGACUUUCCAACCUCACAUAAACCCAUCAGUACCGGACUUCCAACAGCUAUAUAGGAAGUUCCAGAAGGAAUCACUGAGCAAUUAUAAAGAGAGAGGACCCACUCGGAAUAAACCUUUCACCCUGCGUACCUCAACCCUGAGAGUGAGAAAAAAACACACCCUAGAAGAUGUAGAGGAUAUUCACAGUAAAUCCAAGACAUCCAGUACCUAUCUCCACGGCCUGGCAAGUUUGUCUCUGAAUACGCUUCCGGUGUAUAUAACAGACAGUACCAAGAAAAGAGAGUCCGCUAUCAGAUCAUCUCUGGAAGAAAAAGCCAAACAAGAGACAGAGAAAACAGAAAGGAUGAAGAAAAAAGAGACACAAGCAAUGCGGAAAUCAAUAUCUAGCAGGGCAAAAGCAUUGGAUCCUCACCAGCCCCUGGCAGAUACCAACGUGGAGAGGCGCAAGCAUAUCAGGGACUCUGACAUGAAGAGGAUGAAGGAAUAUAAGGAGGAACUGGAAGACAUGAAAGCUCGAGUGAAAGCAAGACCGUACCUUUUUGAACAUGUAACAAAGGGAAAUGCUGUUAAAGAAGCUGAUCGCAGGUUUACCAGGACUCUCCAGCAGGCUGGGUUAACAGAGGAGUUUGUGCAGCAUCAGGGAAAAGGAAUUAGCAGAAAGGAGAACCAGGAGGAAGAGGAGGAAGCCUGGGAAGAAGAUUAGUGUCUGCCAGUAUCACAUUUAAUGUACGUGACAGUGCAGGUAUGGAGUGUAACAGGCUCCUUUAACGUCUGCUUGAAUAUGAUACAUGCUAUCACACCACAUAAACGGAGUACAGUGGGUAAUGUUCCCUUUAAAUCAGGAUUUCAAUCAAUGCAAAAACCUUUAAUGAGAUCCU